GGCAGCAGGUGGACGGCAGCGCCGGCGCGGCCGAGGAGGGGCUCUGCUUCCUCGAGCGGCUGCAGCACGAGCCCUACUGGGACGAGGUCACGCCUCUGCCAGCUCCCCCCGCCGACGCGGCCCUGGCGUGCGGCAGGUGCCGGGGCCACGUGCUGCUGGACGCCGAGGAGCAGCUCCGCCGCCCUGCGGCGCUCCUGCUCGACUGGGACGCCGUCGCGCAGUACGUCGCGCCCCUCGCGCACGUGCCGCCGGCCGAGCUCCGCGCGGGCGGCGGCGGGAGGGGCGGCGGGAAUCUGAGCUGGCGCUUCCCCAGCUGGCGCGCACCCGAGGGGCCCUCCUACGAGACCAUGACGCUGUCGGAUGGCCUGGACUCGGCGUGGCGCGCGCUGGCGCAGCGCCGGCAGGCCCCGGGCGGCAGCAGCGAGUGCCUGCGGAGCCUGCGCUGCUCCACGGCGCUGCUGGUGGGCGAGGCCGUGCAGCUGGCCCGGGGCGCGCUGGCACUGGACGCCCCUGCAGAGGACUGGGAGGCCUUCGUGUCGGCGUGGCCGGCCUCGAUGCCCUGGAGGGCGCUGCUAGAGCGCGGCUGGGGCAGGGCCGUGGUGGGCGCCCUCCUGCUGCUGUCCGCGACGGCGAGGGAGGCGCCCCUGACCAACUGGCGCGCCGUGAGUGCCCCGGCACGGGCGCCAGAGACGCAGGGCGCCCGCGGCGCGGAGCCGCCGUGCAGCGCCUGGGACACCGUGCUGCGCCUGCUCCUGGGAGCGGCCUCCAGCGGCGCGGGCGCCCUCGCCACGGCGCUGGCCGCCGCCCCUCCCCCCGGCGCCUGCGGCGGGCCCGCGGCGUGGCUGCGGGCCGCCCGGCCCGCGCUGCAGUUCGCGGCGGCCGCCCUGGGGGAGCCCGGCGUCGUCGGCCCGAGGCCCGCGGCGGUGGGCGGCGCCUCCUACGGCCUGUGCUCCGCGGAGGUCCUGCGCGUGCCCCUCGGCGCGAGGGGCGCCGCCAGCCUGCACAUCUCCAGGCCUCCCAGCUGGGGCCGGAGCCGAUCGGAGGACGUCGCGGGCCGGCGGUGGCUGCGAGUGGAGGUGCUGCUCUUCGUCUCGACCACGGACGGCUGCGUGCGGAUGACCACCUACGGCAAGACUGCGGACGUGCGGCAGUACUACUCCCACGCCCUCACGCUGCCUGAGGCCCACCUGCUGCAGUGGAGGUGCGUGGUGCCGGCAGCCGGCUCCGCAGCGCCGCGCGGCUACGCCGCGCACGCGUUCUCCCCCUACGGCUACGACAGCAUGCUCUACUGCGACGUGCCGGCCAACGGGGAGCGAAGCGAUCGCACGAGCAGCAGUUUCCGGAUCCCCGCGCGCAUUUGUCGAUCGAGCAACGAAGACAGAGUAGUGUACGGCGGUGUUGAGUGUUUCGCGGUGGUUUCUCUUUUCCA